UUCAGAGAGCCAUGUAAUUUAUUCUAAUUGCCUCCAGUAACUUUGCAGUUCGCCACAACAUUAUAUCAGCAAGCUGUGGUCGCCAGUUUCUGAACAGAGACUCCGGAUUCUCGGCUUCUUCGCAUCCAAAGAAAACUCGAGCAGAUUUCACUGGUGGCUUGUCAAAAGGAAACCGAAAGGUGGACUGAAGCAGAUAAGGACGAUAGUAAGGUCAGGAGGAGGGGGCGUGUGCCUGGACUGCUCCACAUGCUCGAAGCUGGAUGGACGCUGUGUUUUUUUGUGUGUAAGAUGAUCCCUGAGCAACUGAGGUAUCAGGCAUCCUUAGCAUAGUGGCGUAUACAUUCCUGUCAAAGUCUUUGCACGCCUCCCUGCAGUCUGAACUGACGCUGUGCUCUUCAAGUCAGGAUUCAGUGAGGAGUAUACAGUCCAGAGCUCAGUGCACAGGCUGAAGAACUUCCACUCAACAACAGACUGGGAAACAGCCGAGUGCUUUCAGUAAAGAUUGGUGCUGAAGUGGGGAACUCACCUUGUGUGUGUGAGAGAGAGAGUGGGAAGGAAUAAACAAAGUUUUGAUCCUCCUUACUUUAGAAUAAAACUUCUUUUUGAAAUCACCUGCACUCCCUCAUUGAAAGUUCAAGUUGUUUGCAGCAUUGAAGAGGUUAUAAUUGCCUAUUACUUCCAGAAAGGCUAAAAGGAGUGAUAGCACAGAGAAUGUGGGCGAUGGAUUCUCUCUCAGUGGCCUUGCUAUGUGCUGCCCUGGCACAUGCUGGUUGCAGUGGGCAAGCAAGAGGGACGGAGGGAGGCCGCAGGAGGCUCAGUAAGGUUCAGCACGGAGCAUGCAGCUACACCUUUGUCCUGCCUGAACCGGAGGGAGGCUGCCGCGGGUCUCCGGAACAGCCCAGCAGCAAUUCCCUACAACGGGACGCACCCCUAGAAGACCAGGAGUGGCCCUCGCAGAAGCUGCAGCAGCUAGAGAGCAGGUCGGACAACAACACCCAGUGGCUACGCAAGCUGGAGAAUUACGUCCAGGAGAAUAUGAAGGCAGAGAUAGUUCAGAUCCAGCAGACUGCUGUCCAGAACCACACAGCUACUAUCCUGGAGAUUGGCACCAGUCUGCUGAGUCAGUCAGCAGAGCAAACACGCAGACUCACAGACGUGGAAACACAGGUCUUGAACCAAACCUCAAGGCUCGAAAUUCAGCUUUUGGAAAAUUCCUUGUUUACAUACAAGCUGGAGAAACAGCUGAUUCUUCAGACCAAUGAGAUCUAUAAGCUGCAUGAUAAGAACAGCUUUCUGGAACAGAAACUUCUAGAAAUGGAAGGCCGGCAUAAAGAGGAGAUUGAGACGCUAAGGCAGGAGAGGAGCAGCCUCCAGGACCUAGUCCUCCGUCAGAACCGGGUCAUCGAUGAGCUGGAGGCAAGACUGAACCGAGUUACUGCCAACAACACCAGCUUGCAGAGACAACAACAAGAGCUGGCUGACACGGUGCAGAAUCUCCUGAAACUGGUCUCGCAAGGAGGAGGAGGAGUUGUAAUGAAAGGCACUAAAGAGGAGAAACUGUUCCGGGACUGCGCAGAAGCCUAUCAGAGUGGUCACAACACAAGUGGGGUCUACACCAUUCGCAUCAAUAACAUGUCAGAACCUAAGAAGGUGUACUGUAACAUGGAGACAGUAGGAGGUGGUUGGAUGGUCAUACAGCACAGGAGAGAUGGUAGUGUAGAUUUUCACCGGACCUGGAAAGAAUAUAAAAUGGGCUUUGGGAAUCCAGCUGGAGAAUACUGGCUCGGCAAUGAGAUGAUCUUCCUUCAAACAAACCGGCGACAGUACUCACUGAGAAUUGAUCUGAGAGACUGGGAGGGAAACCAGGCCUAUUCCUUCUAUGAGAAGAUGCAAGUGGCAAGUGAAAAAGAAAACUACAGGCUCUUUCUGAAAGGAUACAGUGGCACAGCAGGCAGGCAGAGCAGUUUGCUUUUACAUGGGGCAGAUUUCAGCACCAAAGACAUGGAUCAUGAUAAGUGCAUCUGCAAGUGUGCCCAGAUGUUAACAGGAGGCUGGUGGUUUGAUGCUUGUGGACCCUCCAAUCUCAAUGGGAUUUAUUACUCGGCAGGACAGAAGCUGGGCAAGCUGAAUGGCAUUAAAUGGCAUUACUUCAAAGGCCCGAGUUAUUCCUUACGCACGGUCACUAUGAUGAUACGGCCUUCGGGUUUCUGAACCAAACUGCUCAAGCCAAACCCCAGUACUAACCUGAAACUAGAUCAGGACAAUUCCAGGAGCCACCUUCCUCCAGAACCUUCCUCUCUCUCCAGCAUCAAGAAUUAGUGAAAGAACUUUGACUCGCUGCAUUCGCUCCUUUACCUAGCAUGCCCAUGCUCACAUUGACCCUUGCUGAUUUUUUUAAACAUCUGUUUAUUUGCCCUUGCUGCAGUUUGGCAGUUUGGAACUAGUAAGGGGAAGAAGAAGAGAGAGAGAUAAAAAAGCCUUUUCAUGUUCGAAUUGAUGCAAAACUGCCGAAUAUUAGUGCCUUUAUUGCUGUGAUUUUACCUCCGGUAUCUUUCACAAGACCCCAUUGACGGAUCUGCUGAGGGCUAGGCCCCUCUUGCCUAGGGGCAGGAGGAGGUUCCUUUUUGGAAGUUCCAUAUGAAAGGGAAGAA